UGUUGACAAACUAUGUAAUCGAUAAAGUACAGAAUACAGAUCUGUACUGAUGCCGCGUUCGAAGCGCAUGGAUGUUAAGUACAGUACUAUCACAAAAACCUUUUUUGCCAUACAUACUGCAACCGGAAAAGAUUAGUGCGUUAUCCGAAUGAGCGAUGAUUUUCCUUUUCUACAAUCAUUGCGGCACGUACUAUGCAGCAUUCCGCUUCGGACUGGAAUCAAUCAUUAAGACAACUAGGUCAGCCGUAAGUAAUACAGACAUCACUGGCGCUUAGUAAUGUAUUUUUGCGUAUCAGAUUUUUGGUUUACAGGAAUAUGAUAACAUUAUGUGCAUAUUUACAUAUGUAUCCUUCCCUCAACCACAUACGUAUUUUUGAACCGUAACGGCUUCGUUCUUUUUUCAGACACAUCUGCACUUUAUAUCAUUUUGCAGCACACGACAGAGACAUCUUGUUUAUGCGAGCUUCAAACAUGAUGGGAUAAUACGUGGCCGCGUAAUUCCAUUUGACCAGCACGACACUCCCCCUGGCCACCACCUUGACCUUCUCGGAAUCAAACCUUGGAUCCACCCGCAUCCCGGCCUGCUCCAACCCCAACUCUAUCUCAUCCUUCUCACCCAAUCCCGCCGCUAGUUUAUUGCUGACGUCGAUCACCGCCACAGUCUUCCCGUAGCGGUAAUCAUGGGAGCGACGGUGGUAGCCGUUGACCUCCACCCGCAUCUGCAGGUCCUUGGAAGGUAUCCGGGUCCGCACCAUCUUGAUGGCCUCCUCCACGCCCCGACUCAUGGCGCCACCGUCGCUCUGGAAGAAGGAGAUCGGGUGCAGGCCGGUGUAGAAGUUAUCACGGACGGGUGUUUCGGGGUCGUUGCUGCAGUGGAUGUCCACGGUUAUUUUGGUCGGGUGGUCUGGGUUGACGGCGGUGUAGUUGCAGUAUGGAUUCAGUUGAGCGGCGUGAACAGUGGGUGCACUGGAUUCGGUGGUAGUGGUGCGGCGUUGUUUAGCGGCAUCCACAGCGCGCCAGGACAGGAAUAGGACGGUGGCAAAGAGAACAUUAAAGAACUGCCGAUUUAGAGUGAAAACCGACAAUGUACAGCGGGACCCGCGCAACCAACAGUGUUGAUGUUUUGUCUGACGACGGCCGGCUCUGUUAUGGACGUGUGGUGGACGUAACGGACAAGGGACUCUUCAUCGACUUCCUUAUGCCCAGUCGACGCCGUGAAUUCACCCCCUUUGAACGCUUAUUCCACUGCCAUGCUCAACUGCCUCUGGAUGCCGACCGGAUGGGCCCUCUUUACGGUGAACCGCUGUCCUCCAUUCACCUGGAAGUGUUGGGUCGGGAAAGUCCUUCCGGUGUGUGGAUGUGGUUUCCCGCCCGGGCGGCCCAUCUGUCGGACGGUACGCAACACAAUGCUUACGGCGUGGCCGUGGUAACAUGGUGGAACGAAAGAGAGUACACGGAUAUUGUUCCUCUUGACCGGACACGGUGGAGGGUUGCGAGCGACUGGUGGGCGCAGCACGGCCAACCGCCAGUGGCUUUCACCAGCGGUACUGACGACAUCUCGCGAUUUCUGGCUACUUGGCCCGCGAACGUUAAGAAGAGCACAUUUACCAAGAGUUUCAUUCCGAUACCGAUAAACUGUUGCUCCAUACCUGGGGAAGAACUGCUGAAGCGCAUUAACAGUACAUCUCCAGUGCCGUUUGUGGAGGUUGCCAGUGGAAAGUUGUGGUACAUUCAGCUGAGAGAAUUCUGUACGGCGAAUCCGGAUUUGCCGGUAUUACAAGAGGAGUUUCUGAUGUCUGUUCCACGCAUUGUUGGGGAGCUGGUAGCUUCAUCGACUAACUGCGACAACACGAAACCGUUUCUUGAACUACCGUCUAAGGUAUGGAAGGAAGUGUUUUCUUGUCUGGGAACUGGUCUGCAAAACACGCUACGCGGUGUCUGCUUUACGUGGAACGACAUUCUGAAUUCGACAUCUUUAACAGACAACAUCAUUAUUAAUAGUGCGGAAUUCGAGGCAACAAAGUCGGACCGGUUCGUUUACUACAUGACGUCACCCAUUUACAAACGUCUUCGUUCGUCUACGCAACGCAUUGUGUGUGAUGCGUCCCGGCUGACGGAAGAGACUGAUGUACUUAAGCUGCUAGAUAUGAUACAAUAUGUUGCAAGGCAGAACGCCAGUGUUCGACUGUCAGGUUUGUAUUUGUUGGGGUUUCAAUGGCGAUUCCAGAUUGGUUCGGGCCAUUCUUCGCAUCAUGACACGUGCGAACUGCAUCAAGCUGGAAGUUAGCAGCCACGUCAGAGUAUGCUACCGGUAAUUUCUGCUGUUUCCGGCUGGGCUAUUUUGUCGCGUCGCUCCGGCGAGUUCCAUGUGAAUUCAUCCGGUUUCUCAGCUGUACCGUAAAUCUGGACUAUGUGUUUUUCGGCACCCAUCCACGACCCAGAACGAUAGAUUUGUCAGUUGUCAGCCGAAUCAACACGCCCCGCAUGCAGGUCAUGCGGCCUUAGCGGUGCCGUGUGGGAUGCGUUGGAAGCUGGUUUGUCGCAGAGCAGCUUCGACCAGCCAGUAAAAGUAUCUGGGUGGUUGGGAAUGAUCACAAAACUGGCAGGAAACGGCGCUGAUUACUAUGGCAAAGAUAUGUGCAAGGUGGUUCAAAGCAACGUUUUUUUUUAAAUGGUAAUUCGGCGCCAGCAUUUUAUGUCCUUUUAACAUGACGUUUGGUUUGUAGAUUUUGUGUGCAGUGCAGACCGCUGAUCCACGGACGUCCUCACAUUAUCCCGGGAAGAAAUGGUGCGUUGACGGCCUGAGCGAGCUGCAGUGGGAAAAACUGUCACGUCUAACGCUGGGUUUCAUCCAAGAAAUGGCCGACGAUUACGCCAAGGCACGUGUCCCGGACGUCAAUGGAGGUCCGCAUUUAGACUGAGCGCCAGACUACGUUGACAGACAGUUUGACGGCGGAUACAAUUACUAUAAGGUUCGCGGUUUGCUUAUAGACAAUUCUGCAUCAAUUUACAAUUCAUUGACGCCAAUUUACAAUUUGUUAAAAUCUGUAUUGCACAUUAAUUUUGUCGUACGCAUGGGCAUGACUGAAAUUACAUCGAAUAGUCAUUGUCCACUGAUAUCUUGAAUUUGCAUGUUUUCAUAUUAUCG